ACCUCGAAUCCUCAGGCACCAGCCCAUCCGGAAACAAGUGAGCGGCAUCUCACAUAAUCCAUCCGCUCCUUCCCAGGAAACCAAAAAGCGAAGGAGAUCACCUCGACACGGCACUUCUAAAUAACAAAUGCAUCAAAACAAAAGUGAAAUCAACAAGUAAAAAGCAGACAGACACCAUGGCCUUGGGAUCCGAGGACGGGUCGUCAAACGGGCCCCAGCAACCCUUCGCCUACGUGCUGAUCCCCAUUCUCGGCUUCGGCGUGAUAGUCACUGUAUUGACCUGCUACAAAUACAAGCGGAGGAAGCGACGUCUAGCGCGAAUGGUAGCCGAAGACCCGACGCUUGGGCGCGAUCCCGAGACGGGGCGCACGCGACUGGACAGGCGUGAACCAAACGGAACCGUGACAGGGAGGAGAAGGGCAGGCCGACGUCUAGGCUUAGGUGUCGGCAGCAGGGAGGAAGGGCUGAACGAGCUAGGGGAAGCACCGCCCGCGUACACGCCAAAUGCGCCCAAGCCGCCGUCUGAGACGGGAGGUAUUGAGUUGAUGACGUACUCACAGGCUACGGCUGAAAUUGGUACGAGCCGGAGCCCGCCUGGCUAUGCCGACGAGUCGCGCACCGGGCCAGCAAUAGGGUCAACGAGUGCUAGUGCUGGUGGUCCAAGCGAUUCUGCUAGGAUAAGCCAGGAAAUGCGAAGAGACGUCCCGACAGGGACAACGGCCAGUGGUGCUGGUGAAACCAUGAGAUUAAGUGAGGAAAUGAGGAGAGGCAACCUAGGAAAUACGCCAGCAAGUGGCGCGGGUGACACUGCAAGAGUCAACGAAGAGACGAGGACGGAUACUCCAGAAAAUGCAACUGCAGUCGGCAGCGCAAGCGAAACUGUAGGAUUCAGAGAAGAUGCGAGGAGAAAUCCUCCUCUAACGACAAGUGGUGCAAGCGAGCCUACAAGGUCGAGCGAAGGGAUAGACGGAGGCGCCACAGCUCGGUCAACGGGGACGAGCAACGAUAAUGUUAAUGAAAUGACAACAGCAAGCGAGGGGGGUAUUACAGAAAAUACAACGGGAACGACAACAACAGCGAUGAACGCAACAACCACCACGCCAUCAACAACGGAUGAACCCGCACCACCUCCCAAGGCGGUAUUACCACCAUCUUCGGGUUGAAAAAUUGCAGAAAGCCUUGAUCACGACUUACAUAACGAUUAAUUCAGAUGGGAAUGAUAAAAUACUAAGUUUAUUCAGACGAGCAUACACAUGCGUAGUGUAUGACGCGGUAAGAACGCCGUUGGUGGGCAUGAGCUAUCAUAGCGUGACGUUUCAGGAUGAACCCGUUACCGUGCCGCAGGGUUGAUGUACAUACAUGUCUUAUAUAUAGGUAUAUACCCAUCUGGUCGUUGCUUUAUAUAUAAGGCAGUGUGACAAUGCGUGUGUUUGAGCAGAUACAUCCUUACGCGACUGAAUAAAUAAUUGUCUACCAUGCGCGCCCAUAUCUCAUGCUCCUCC